AUGGCCAGCACUGAGCAUCCAAGGUCAAAGGUAGUGGACGAACCCGCUAGUCUGGGUUUAUCACUCAUUGCCGACCCUGAAAACCCGACCGCUGACGUGGUGUUUGUUCACGGCUUCAAUGGCAACCCUGAACGGACUUGGCUGCACAAGGGCGAUGCGAACAGCCCGCGAGAUCUCCUACCACAGUCGCUGCCACAUGCACGGGUUCUAACUUAUGGCUACGAUGCUUCUCUCGGGCAUCGGCUCGGGCCUUCACAUAGUCAGAAGACAGUCUAUGAUUUCGCAAAGGACUUCCUCCUGGAGCUGGAGGCAGUACGUCGGUGUCAACCCAAGAGACCGCUCGUGUCCAUUGCUCACAGUCUCGGAGGAAUCGUUGUCAAGGAGAUGCUCCGGCAAUCUUACGGAUACUUGGACCACCAACCUGAGCUUCGCGCCUUAUCAGAGUCAACUUCAGGCAUCAUCUUCUUUGGCACCCCUCACGGCGGCGCGGAUCCACGGAGCCUACUAAAGACCAUCGCCGAGAACGUUGCCUGGGCCAUCGGUGUCACAUUCAAUAAACAAGUUGUGGAGACACUGCUGCCCUCCUCAGAACGUCUGAGGCAACUCAGGGACGAGUUUGGACCCAUGGCUCGCGCGCGGGGAUGGAUCGUUCAUUGCUUUCAAGAAGACCAUGGCAUCACUGCUCUCAAUGGACGGAAAGUCGUGGAAGAUGUCUCGUCAUGUUUGGGUGAUGCCAGCUUAGAACUCACCCAGCACAUCGCAGACGACCACAUGGGCAUGUGUCGGUUUAGCUUACUCCACGAUGCAGAGUACCAAAAGGUUGUCGCCGCCAUCGACCGAGUCCUCGCAGACCACAGAAGCCCUUCCGUUCCAACUCGGACGGCACUCAACAACGCAGAACGGCAAGCAUACAUCAACUCGUUGAGGUUUGAUCAAAUCGAUGCCCGCCAUGCCAGCGAUAAGUCGGCCCACUCGAAGACCUGUAAAUGGAUACUCAAGAAAUCCGAAUACCUGGAUUGGCUCGCUCCGGAACGCCAAGUUGAACACAAUGGAUUCCUCUGGAUUAAAGGCAAACCCGGCAGCGGCAAGUCGACGAUGCUAAAAUAUAUCUCAUCGCACGCCAACAAGACAAUGCCAGGGACCCCCAUCAUUUCAUUCUUCUUCAACGCUAGAGGCUACGCUUUGGAGAAAUCAACCAUAGGCAUGUAUCGCUCCUUGCUCUGGCAACUCUUCGAGCAUGUCCCGGAGCUCCAAAGUGGCCUGAACGUGCUUCCUCGGCCAUCCUUGUCUGCUACCGGUGAGUUCGACGGCGAAUGGCGACUUGAGACCUUGAUAGGAACCUUCCAAAACGCGUCAGUGCGAUUGGCAAAAGGGGGCUGA